AUGAACCGCCGGGCCCUGAAGCUGAAGGAGGAGGAGUGCAGGCUCUGCCACCAGGCUGACUCCAACCCCGACACCUAUGGGCAGAAAUGCCAGUGGGGUAAGCUGUGUGUGCACGAGAACUGCCUGUACCACGCCAGCGGGCUGGUCCAGAGGGGGAAGGACGAGGAGGGAUUUUACGGGUUCCUGUAUCCGGACAUCAGGCAGGAAUUGAAGCGGGCAGUUCAGAAGACCUGCUGUGUGUGUGGCUGCAAAGGGGCGUCCAUCGCCUGCCAGGGCAGAAAGUGCACCAAGAACUUCCACUUCCCCUGUGGCUCCGAGAGAGGCUGCAUCUAUCAGUUCUUCGGGGAGUUUAAAUCCUUCUGCUGGAAGCAUCGGCCAGUGCAGCGAGUGAGACGGCGGCAGCAGCAGGCGGAAACCAUCUGCGUCGUCUGCUUGGAGUCCAUGCCAGGCAAACCCUCCUACAGCGCCAUGGUGUGCCCGGCUUGCAAGCACGCCUGGUUCCACCGAGGCUGCAUCCAGGGACAUGCUCUCCGUGCUGCCUUAUACCAUUUCCGAUGCCCCAGGUGCCGGGACAUGGGGACAUUCCAAAGAGAGAUGUUUCGAAUGGGCAUCAAAAUCCCUGACAGGGAUGCCGCCUGGGAGGAAGAAGGCGCGUUCAGCGACCAGUAUCACAGACACACUCGCUGUGAUGCCGGCUGCUGCCUAUACGUGGGCGGCAGAGAGCAAUCCGCAGACGACGGCCCGUGGCAGCUGCUGCUGUGCAACUCGUGUGGCUCCCAGGGGACCCACCGCCGCUGCUCCUCGCUGGAGGCCACCAGGGGCACGUGGGAGUGUGAGGACUGCAUGGAGCCCGCAGGGGCGGGUAAGGAGCCUCUGGAACGGAAGGACAUGCUGGGCCCUGGCAUCCCGCCAGCUCUCCGCCAUGGGGAGACCAGCAACCAGCCAGGCUGCGUGUGGAACCAGGGGCAGCUCCGAAAUGUCCCCAUGAGCUCUCGGAGCGUGAGCGACGCUAACAGCAGUGAGAACGGCGUUGCCCGCUCAGCCCCCGACUCCAAGCAGCACAAAGAUAAUCAGUGCCUCCCUGUUACGGGUUUUAUUCCCAUCCUCUCAUGUGCGCUGAGCUGCAAACUGAACAGAUGUGAGGAAUCCAAUUGCAUGACGCAUCUUCAUGCACCAGUGCUGGGAAGAGCUGUGGACCCCCGGGGUUUCCCUGCCGCUGCUCAUCUCUAUAACAUCCCAGCCCUGCCGGAGUAA